GCCCCGCCCCGUCCCUGGCGGCGCCGCAUCGAGGCGGCCAUUUUGUGGCGCGGGGCGGUCGGCGGCGCUGGGCUCGGCGCGGAGCGGGGCCCGGGGCGGGUCGGCUCCGGUCUCACCCUUUUCCCGUGCGGAUCCCUCGCUUACUCCUUAUCACCUUCAUACUUCCGUUCCUUGCUUGCCUACAGGUUUGACUUCUUGUGCUUCCUGUAGGAAAAGCCUUUUUUCAGGUAGACUUCUUAUAAGAGUCAGAAGUCGAAGUCCAGUUACUGCUGCAGUUUUACAACAGUGUUUGGAAUGUUUGCAGCCGUAUAAGCAACGAGUUUCUUCUUGGUGUGUGGUUUCAGCACAGCUGUGGUCAUCCACUUGCAAGGUCUUCUGAUUGUGGUGGGGACCAUGGACCUCUCUGGAUUGAGCAUUCCUGAUGGGGGCGUGCAAAUUGUAGGGGGUGAACUGGGGGAAUAAAAUCAGCAGUGUUGAUAUUACAAAAUGACAAAACAUCCUCCGAAUAGAAGAGGGAUCAACUUUGAGGUGGGAGCCCAGUUGGAAGCCCGUGACAGAUUAAAAACCUGGUAUCCAGCUCACAUUGAAGAAAUUGAUUAUGAAGAAGGAAAAGUACUUAUCCAUUUCAAACGCUGGAACCAUAGAUAUGAUGAAUGGUUUUGUUGGGACAGUCCUUAUUUGCGUCCCUUAGAGAAAAUACAGUUAAGAAAAGAAGGAUUACAUGAAGAAGAAGGUUGUGCAGGAUUUCAUAUAAAUGAUCAGGUAUUGGCAUGCUGGUCUGAUUGUCGCUUCUAUCCAGCCAAAGUUACUUCUGUUAACAAAGAUGGUACAUACACUGUGAAAUUUUAUGAUGGUGUAGUUCAGACUGUCAAAAACAUUCAUGUCAAAGCUUUUUCCAAAGAUCAGAAUAUCGUGGGUAAUGCUAAGCCUAAGGAAAGAGGUAAUGAAAUUCCGUCUUCUCCUGAAAAACGGGAGAAAUUUAAAGAACGGAGGAAAGCAACAGGUAAUGCAAAGAAAGACAAGGAUGAAAAGACAUUAAAGUCUGAGAAAAGAGUUAAGCAACCUGAUAAAGAAGGAAAAUUAAUAGUCAUCUCAGAAAAAGGCAAGAUCUCAGAAAAGAAUAUAUCUAAGAAUGGAAAAGAAGAUAAAGAGAAUAUAUCAGAGAAUGAUAUGGAAUAUUCAGUAGAUACACAAAUUGAGAAGAAGCCUGAGAAUGACAUUAUAAAGAGUCCACAGGAAAACGCAAAAGAAACUAAACGAAAACGUGGAAGACCGCCAAUAACACCUCCAACGGAGCCAAGUUCUCAGACACUGCAGCCCAUAACUUUGGAGUUAAGACGUCGGAAAAUACCAAAAGGAGGUGAAGUUCCAUCAAAGCGUCCCAGGAUUGAAAAAAACUUGUCUCAGGAAAAAUUGAAGAACUCUUCAGAUGACCCUGAAAGAGACCAGAUAAGGAGACGGUCUUCAAGACUCUCAUCUAGUAUUAGCCAUGGGAUUAUAAAUACAGAUCAUGUCACAACUUCAACGGAAACACAGCCUUUGAAAGAUGCAGUAUCUAACCAAAAGGAAUCUGAGAAGGUCCAGUUACAAAUUCCUCUUGAAUCUGACCAAAGUUUCAGUGAACAAGGAUCUCCUGGAAACACAUCACGUAGCACAUCGCUCAGUACGGAUGCCAGUUUUCAGGAAGAAAAAGUUGAAGACACCGAGUCUUCUUCUGUUGCUGUUAGAACCCAAGAACCUUCUGCUGCUACAGUAACAAAACCCUGUAGGAGAGCAAAUUUUCUUGCAUCAAAAAAAGCUGCAACUGUUGAUCAAGAUCACAAGUUUAGAUGCAAGUUCUUGGACUGUUCAAAAUCCUUCCGCAAAGCCAAGUUAUUGCAUUAUCACAUGAAAUACUUUCAUGGAGUGGAGAAGGCUGCAGAAUCACAGGAGAACCCUGUAAAAAGAAGUAUUCAAACCAGAGCUUCUUUGGCUUCUGAAAAAGCUAAUCAAGAAAGGUCAAAAAGAGGACGGACCGCUGGUUCACUGUAUGGUCCUCUCCACAUAGCCCUAAGGAGUACCCCACAUAGAGGUGAAAAAAUAGAAAAGAGAAGAACUUCAACUCCUGUAAGUGCAUUAAAUAGUCACCGACAUUCUGUUAGAGAACAAACCAAGAACCACAUAGCGAGAUCACUGCGGAAGCCUCAAGAAAAGAGAGUUGAAAAUGCUGUUAAAGAACGUGAGAAAAACAAAGAAAGAAAAUCCAAAGACUAUGGAAGGUCCAAGUCAAAGAAAAAGAAAAAAAAGAAAAAGAGAACUCAGUGUGAAUACUCUGGCAGUGAAGAAAACACAGAUAUUUCACAGGAAACUUCCCCUGAAAAACCAAUUGCCACAAAAUGUCUGUCUUCAACUAAGUCAUCUGCCCACCUAAGCACAUUGCUGCACUGCUCAGAUUCUGGACAGCACAGAGGAAAAUCAAAAACAAAUGAGGAUGACACCCUGAGUGAGUCAUCUAUGGACAGCUUGCUUUGGAGUGAUGAUGACUGCAGUCAGGAUGUUGAUGUAAUAACGAACCCUGACGAAGAAGUUGAAGAAAGUGAUUUUGAGAUUGUUCGGUGUGUUUGUGAAGUAAAAGAAGAAAAUGACUUCAUGAUUCAGUGUGAAGAGUGUCUGUGCUGGCAGCAUGGAGUCUGUAUGGGUUUACUGGAAGAUAAUGUACCUGAGAAAUAUACCUGCUAUAUUUGCCAAGAUCCUCCAGGUCAGAGGUCCAGCUUAAAGUACUGGUAUGAGAAGGAGUGGUUAAGUAAUGGUCACAUGCAUGGCUUAGCAUUUUUGGAAGAAAAUUAUUCCCACCAGAAUGCCAAGAAGAUAGUAGCCACUCAUCAACUUCUUGGCGAUGUACAGAGAGUGAUAGAAGUACUGCAUGGACUGCAGCUGAAGAUGAGCAUAUUACAAAAUAAAGAACAUCCUGACUUAAAGCUUUGGUGCCAUCCGUGGAAGCACAUUGCAGUGGAUGAAAAAAUUCAUACAAAGCACAUCAUUCACAUUGAGGAGGACUGUUGCAAAGAGGAGACAGCAAGUUACAGAACUUGGAAUGGGACAGUUGAGAAACCCUCAGCUAUUCCUUCCGUGGAGGAAUCUUACAUUACGAGUGAACACUGUUACCAGAAGCCUCGAGCCUACUACCCUGCCAUAGAGCAGAGACUGGUUGUGGAAACAAGAGGUUCAGCCAUGGAUGAUGGAGCAAAUAGAAUAAGGGAAAAUGGGGAUGAUGCCCUGUCAGAGAGAUUUGGCUGGAAUCUGGACCAAGAAACAUGCAAGAUGGAAAAUAGUUCUAAACAGAAUUAUUCUAAGGUAAGAGAGUCUGUCUCUAAGAAAGUCUCUACAGAAGAAGCUAUUGAAAUGAAAUUGGUGGAAAAAGACAAAGAAGGAGUUGUGAACUCACAGCUGCAGUGGCAGCUUAAUCUUUUAGCUCACGUGGAAUCUCUGCAAGAUGAAGUCAUACACAGAAUGGAUUUCAUUGAGAAGGAGCUAGAUGUUUUGGAGAGUUGGCUGGAUUAUACAGGAGAGCUGGAACCACCAGAACCACUAGCUCGACUGCCUCAACUCAAGCAUUGUAUAAAGCAGCUUAUAACGGACCUAGGCAAAGUGCAGCAGAUUGCACUUUGCUGCUCAACAUGAGAGCAGAAAAUGUUUGAGACUGAGUGUGAAGUUGGAGCAUCUGAUGUGAACAGCUCUGUAUAUUUAAAUGAAGUUAGCGUGCUGGUUUCAUGUGAUGCAGAUUGACUUCAGGAAGGUGUGGAGAAGUGCGGUUCAAAGGACAGCAAAAAUGUUAUUUUAUCUCAUAAAUUUGGGUUUUAUUAGGCAAUUAUAAUGAUACUGUUGUCUUCAGAGCUCGGGUGUUGGUUGAUAAAUUAUACUUAAAUUUUCACUCCUUACAAGUUGCUCAUUGAAAUGAUAGACUCUUUCAUAAUUAAAUUGACUAAAAAUCGUGCCACUGAAGAACAGAGUUCUAAGAGCCAAAAAUGUUUAGCUGACAGAGGUUGUAAAUAACUUUGCAUAGUUUAAGUGACUUGUGUCAUGUUCUAUUCCUUCUGCUUUAUGCAUAAUAGCACACAGUGUUUAAUCGUUAGGAAAUGUUGUAACAGUUUUCAGACAUAGUAAGUAUGAAUGUCCAGCUCUUAACUAUACAUUGUUACAUGGAGGAGGUUUGCAAGUAACAGUGGCCUAAACCCCACUUCUGUUAGGUUAAAUAAUGUAGCAGAAGGUCACAGGUGGAUUGCACUUAACUUUCAGAAUAAAUGAUUGUUUUCCAUGUUUAUGGUGUCCCUCUCACGUGACUUGGUACUGGGGAGCCCCCCGAGGUGUUGGAGUGCACUCCUGAGCUCUGGAGGUGGCUGGCGGUGCUGGGGACAGCCCCUGCGGCACAGCAGGCACCGCGGGGAGGGGGCUGGGGUCCAGGCUGCAGCGGGGGCUGCCAUGGACCUCGCCUAGUUUUCUACCCAUUUGUUAAUAAUUGCCAUUCCGGUUAUAUUUUGAAAUGUAGACUUUUUUCAAUACUCUGAACGUGUUUAUUGUAAAGACUCUGAAUGUGUGGGUUUGGGAAUCAGUUUAUUUUAUAUUAGUGUAAAUAAAGCCUCAAGAUCUAUGCAUGAGGUACUGUCCUCACAGACAGUGAGUGGGUUAUUAUCUUAAACGGUGUGUGUUCACAAAGUCCCUUUUUAUACCUUAAGAUUUAAUUUUUUGGUUUGUAUUACUUUGUGAGAGCAAGGUGAAAAUGCUGCUUAUGUUCAAGUCACAUUAUACAGUACCUUUUGAAACGUUGGUGUAUUGUAAGUAUUUGAGACAUUAAAAGUCUUUUAGCUGCAGAUCAUCGUUCCAUAAAUAAUGGCUAUGACUUUAGUUUUCCUUCCCAAACGUUGCUGAGUUAAGUUCACUGUGGAAAAUGGUAAGCUGGUUUUGCAGGGAGAGGGUGUCCUUAAAAAGUUGGGUUUGUUACCUUGAUUUUGUGUGUGAUGGUACCACCAAUGGGAAAAAAUUAAGCGGGGUUGCAACUGAAAGGCCCAUAACUGUAAAAAUUAUUAAUUUUGGAUAUGAAUCUGUAACAUUUGUAUAUUGUAAAGAAUAAUGUAAAUUUGAAAUAUCCGGUAUUCUUGUAGGAGCUAACGGUAUCUACAACAGUGAAUGUUUUAUUUACUUCAGAAAGCAAAAUAAUUAGACUACUCUAGGCUACUAAGGCUUUUGUGCCAAGACUCAUUGCAGGGAACAAUUUGUCUCACAGUUUUAUAGUACUAUUUGGUCUAUAGUGAAUACUGCGUAUGUACAGCAGAAAAAUAAACCUAUUUUUCUGUAACACAAUUGGAAUAAAGCUUACAUGAUAUUUAAGAAUCACUUCGCUGUCUGAAGAUGAGACCAGUGCUUAUACCGUGUUCCACUCCUGUUAAUGGCACCUGAAUUCACAUAUACUGUGUAGCUCUAGAACAGGUGGCAGUAACCAGACAACCAGGACAGCAUCAGGAGGAGCACCCCAGCCAACUGUGAAGGUUUUUGGGUUUUUUUCAGGUGAGAUAAAUCAGAAAGGUGUUCCCUGGCUGACAUCCAUAAAGCAAGCGCUCCCACCAGGCGUCUCGCAGACCGUAGCUGCUGUUGAGCAGUCAGCUCUGCCAACAGCUCGAGGGUGGGAAAGCAGUUAUCCCUGAGCAGACUUUCCACCCCAGAGUAGAACUUCUUCCCAAGCAAUUGCUUUUUGUUUGUUUAUUGUACAUUUUUACUUUGCCAGUUUAUUUUUGCUCAGGGCAGUACUUAGGAUUUGGAAGAAAAGGUAGUUCUGAUGGGUGAAUCAAAGGACAAAUACUGGAGAUUUGUUUUCCUUUAGUAGAGCUAGGGAAGCCCUUGCAGAUAAAGACUGAAAAUAUUUAUUUAAAAUAGAGUAUUGUUUUUCAUGUUCAGGAAAGAUUCUUUAUUGUGCUCUGCCUGGAUUCAUUUUUGUCCCUGUUUUUGCAAGUUUCCACACUGUUAUUUCUUAGUUUGGACCAAUUGUUCGGUCUGGCAGGUUGCUUUCUUAAUUUCUUUAAAUCACUGGUAAGUGAAUGCAACGUGGAGCCUUGAUGAAAUGAGCAAACAUUGCACUGUGGAUACAUAAGUAUAUUUGUCUUUUUUUAUGCACUAUUAGAACCGAGGGCGCUGUAUAUAGAAUUUUGCUUUGGAGCAAUAUUUGCAAAACUUGAAAAGUUCUGUAUCUUGGUGUUUGGAAUAAAUAAAUAGGUUUUUGUUGGUUAA